AGAACAAUUAGGGUUAAUCUCUUCCGUUGCUUUUUUUUUUCAAUCCGCCGCCACUUUUCGUUUCUCGUAGCGUUAAAAUGGCGGUAUCGUACAAUGCAUUAGCUCAGUCUUUAGCGAGAAGUAGCUGCUUCAUCCCCAAACCUUAUUCCUUUAGAGAUACUAAGCUGAGAAGCAGAUCCAAUGUCGUAUUCGCGUGCAAUGAUAAUAAGAACAUUGCUCUUCAAGCUAAGGUAAACAUCUUCUGUGUAAUCUUAACUUAUAGAUAGAAUGUUCUGCAAUGGAAUCGUGUUAAGUUUAAUUGUUAUCUAAGAACGAUUAGAAUUUAGAUUGAAUAUUGAACCAGACAUUGUCAGGUGCUUACUCUUUGACAUAUGAGUAAUUACUGUUACAUGUCGGGUAGAGAAAAAAGAGAGAAGGAAAAGCUUUUUAACCUGAGCUUCAUUUUUAGAGUUUGGAUUUCUUUUUUAAGAUGCUCAUCGUUUGCUUGGUCAUCUGCAUUUGGUGAUGCCUGAGCUACAUCUGUUCAUCACAUUUUAUUAAAGCAUUUAAGUAUAUUGUUAUGCCAAAAGUAAUUUAGUUCUAUGAACAUUGUCUGGAGUAAAUUGUAUAUGUAAAGUUUGGAUUUUUGCCAGAGAUGGUCAGGUUCCUACCCUUUGACAUGUGGGUUUGGACUGUUACAUCUCUGGUAUAGAAAAGAGAGAGAAGGAAAGGCUUUUUGAUGGUUUCCAUCUUUUGGUCUGGAGUUUUCUCUAAAGGUGUACAUCGUUUGCUUGGUCAUCUGAAUCUGUGAUGGCAUGGGCUACAUCUGUCCUCCACAACCUGAAUAAUCUUCAUUGAGACAUUUCUCUUUUGGCUUUAAUAUCUAGUCCGAUAAUGCAUUUACUGUUUAUACUAUUAGAGAGGGGCUUGUUUGAUUGAAAUGACAAUGUUUUUUUCUGUGUUGGUAGUGUUGCCAUUGUGCCUUUUAUUACUGUCUCAAUAAGCAAUGUAUAUGCGGCUGUUGUGUUCCCUGGUAGCUAAUCAUGGUUUCUGUUGUUUUCUUGUGUUAGGUAGAUAACUUGUUGGACCGCAUUAAAUGGGAUGACAAAGGAUUAGCUGUGGCAAUAGCACAAAACGUUGAUACGGGAGCAGUAUUGAUGCAAGGCUUUGUUAAUAGGGAGGCCCUCUCCACAACCAUCAGUUCUCGGAAAGCUACAUUCUUUAGUCGAUCAAGAUCUACCUUAUGGACUAAGGGAGAGACAUCCAAUAACUUCAUCAAUAUUCUUGAUGUGUAUGUUGAUUGUGAUCGUGAUUCGAUUAUUUACCUUGGAACACCUGAUGGACCUACCUGUCACACAGGGGAAGAGACUUGUUACUACACAUCGGUUUUUGAUCAAUUAAACAAUGAUGAGGCUUCAGGAAACAAGCUAGCAUUAACAACAUUGUACUCGCUAGAAUCAAUCAUUUCCAAGCGGAAAGAAGAAUCAACAGUUCCUCAAGAAGGUAAACCAUCAUGGACUCGACGGUUGUUGACGGAUGACGCUCUGCUUUGCUCAAAGAUCAGGGAAGAAGCUGACGAGUUAUGCAGAACACUGGAGGAUAAUGAGGAAGUUUCAAGAACACCAUCAGAGAUGGCUGAUGUUUUAUACCACGCAAUGGUGCUUCUAUCUAAAAGGGGUGUGAAGAUGGAAGAUGUUCUUGAAGUUCUUAGGAAACGCUUCUCUCAAUCUGGAAUCGAGGAGAAGCAAAACCGUACAAAGUAACCAUUUUCUUCGAUUGUCUGUUUAGUAUUUGCGAGAAUUUUUUUAGUUACUCGGAACUUAUACUGUUGUUCAUUGUGCAACUUUGUAUUGUAUAAAUAGAUAUCCUUUGUGAUAAAAGAAAUAAAUGAGUCCUUUUUCCAUC